AUGGCGCAGCAUGACUUUGCUCCAGCCUGGCUUAAUUUUCCUACUCCGCCAUCAUCAACAAAAUCAUCACUGAACUUUGAGAAACAUUCUGAAAAUUUUUCGUGGACAGAGAAUCGUUGUGAAGCAAAUCGCAGAAGGCACAACUCUUCAGAUGGGUUUGAUCCUAACAUUGGAUGGCCUAAUGGAGGGCAUUUUGGGAGAAAAGAGAAGAAUGGCUGGCGUUCACAAGGCAGAAACGGUACAGAAAAUAUAAACUAUCGUGGGGGAUACCAUGGUGGAGGUUCCCGCGCUCGUACCAGCACUUUCCACUGUGGAAAAGGCCAAGGACUGCAUGAAAACAAUAUAUCUGAUAAUGAAACUGGGAAAAAAGAAGACAAGGAAGUACCCAAACAGUUUGAGGCUGAGGAUUUUCCAUCUUUGAAUCCUGAAUAUGAGAGAACACCAAACCAGAAUAAGUCUUUAGCUGCAAGUGUGUGGGGUAUACACACACACACACACACUCUCUCUCUCUUUUUUUUUUCUUUUUUUCCUCCCCCAGAGUACCCUUUGAAUCCUAAAUCUAGAUCUCCAAGAAUGCUGGUCAUUAAAAAGGGCAGUACAAAAGAACUGCAAAUAUCUGGAUUCCCUGUAGUAGGAAGUCUUCAUUCACAGCCAGUAAAGAAUGGAACUGGCACAAGCGUUUAUAAAGGAUUAGUCCCUAAACCUGCUACUCCACCUGCAAAGCCUACACAGUGGAAAAGCCAAGCAAAAGAAAAUAAACUUGGGAAUCCAUUUUCUCAUGAAUCUGCAUAUGGUAUUGGCAAUUUCAGUCCUUUCAAAUCAACUGCCAAGGCAUUUACUGUAUCACAGAAUUCAGUGAAUGAGUGUAAUCGGUCGAAUUCGUCAUCCCCUAUUGACAAAGUUGGUCAGCCUCGUUUAACAAAAUUGACAAGAAUGCGGACUGAUAAGAAGAGUGAAUUUUUGAAAGCAUUGAAACAAGAUAGAGUGGAAGAGGAACGUGAAGACGAGAAUCAUGCUGGGCAAGAGAAGGAUGAUGAGUCCUUUAACUUGCAUAACAGCAACAGUUCUCAUCAUGAGAGAGAUAUAAACCGAAACUUUGAAAAUGAAAUUCCACAGGAGAAUGGCAAUGCUUCAAUUACAUCUCAACAGAUCAUUCGAUCUUCAGCUUUCCCUCAGGCAGACGUUCUUUCAAGCUCACUUGAAGCAGAGCAUAGGUUGUUAAAGGAAAUGGGCUGGCAGGAAGACAGUGAAAAUGAUGAAACAUGUGCUCCACUAACAGAGGAUGAGAUGAGGGAAUUCCAAGUCAUUAGUGAACAGUUACAAAAAAAUGGCCUUCGGAAAAAUGGCAUUUUGAAAAAUGGCCUCAUCUGUGAUUUUAAAUUUAGCCCCUGGAAAAACAGCACUUUCAAACCUGCUCUGGAGAAUGAGGAUUCUGAGACAAGCAGUAGUGAUACAUCAGAUGAUGAUGAUGUGUGAAGAUUUCUGUAACAUCUGUAGAAGCUUGUUUUGUUCUCAUGAAAAUUUGGGGAUGUGUUGUCCAAAAAAAUUUUCUAAUUUAUGUAGUAACAUACUCCAUUAGAGGAAGAAUGAUGGGACUUCUCUCUGAAGAAAGCAAGGAAUGUUGUGUUGAACAUAACUAUAAUUUCUUUGCAAACAGAUGUUGUAGAGGACUUGGGUUGACCCAGCAUUGACUUUCUUCAUCACUGCAGCAUUUCUGACUAGCAAUGUGACAAUGUAACAAAUCACUUUCUCAUUUAAUAAUAAAAACAUAAAGAAUUGUGU